AUGAUUCCCGAGAAAGUCACGAUGAUUUCUUCAAAAUACUUCCUUUCUUUGGCCUUAACCACUACACAGCAACUCUACUGGUGGGGUAUCGCGCCAGCUAUACUCGCAGCGCAAACGAAGGGACAUCGAAAAUCUGCCGGAAGAAAGCUGUUCACAUGGGGUGACAAUUUGUCAUGGGAGCUAAGCGACGGAGGAGCGUCGCCACUGCGAGUACCGCACCAACUGCUUCAUCCGGGGGGCGUGAAAUGGACAUCGAUAUCAUGCGGCCUGGGUUUUACGGUAGGCGUAUCGGUGGAAGGCGACAUCUACGUAUGGGGACGGAAUGAUAAAGGUCAUAUGGGUGUUGCAGGACCAAAUUAUUUGCCAAGAAAGGCACUGAGAUAUGUGCCACCGCGAACAGUAUAUGUAAAAUCAAGCAACCCAAGUAUAACGAUACCGCGGAAGCUUUCAUUUGCAAGUGCUUCCGGCAGUUCAGAAAUACGUCUGACUGAUGGACAGAAGGAACUAUUUAUAUCUUUUGUGGGAAGCUUGGAGCCAGCCGUGGUCUCAGAAGUGUCGUCUUUACUUCUCCAGCCGCCCGUGUACUGUUUACCAGCUGCAUACUUCUUCCUGUUGGCUGGUAAUCUCAUUCGAGCAGCUGAAAUUCUCUUGCACAUCCCGGUCGAGGAAACUGACUGGCUGUGGAGCAGUAGUACGACGUCGGAACAAAAAUCUCUUUUUGACGUUGUAUUUGAAUUGAUUUGCAAGCAUCCUGAUUUUAUUGCGAUGCAGUCGGAAUCAGUAUCUGAUCUGCUUUGCACAUAUAAAUAUGCCGUCCAUAUUUCAAAGAGCAAGAAAUUAUACGCUCUGGCUUGUCUGCUUUUAAUCAGAAAGCCAGAAAUGCUUGCUGAGUUGAAAUCGCGGACAACACUUGAAAUUCUGGAGAAGUGCCUACCCGAUCCAUCCAAUCAGGAUUCGCAGACGUCGCAGGAGCCCGCCGAGGUCUGUUUUUAUGCGUUUUAUGCUGUGUAA